UGAAAGCUGACGGACUGAAAUGGACGUGUUGGGAAACUUGGAAGUUCGGUGGGUGCAAGGAUUCACCAAUGGCACUUUAACAUUUGUGGACAAGAAAACAGCAUGUUACACCUGUGGAAAUUUCAUUGUUUUCCUCAAUGUGGAAACUAAGACGAGGAAGAUUUUUCAAAGUCCUGGUUCUGGCAUUGGGACAUAUACAGCCAGUGGGCAUCGCAUGUCCUUUGCUUUCUCUGACCUGAAACUGAAUCCUUCCAUCUUUGUCUACAAAUAUCCAGAACUUGAGCUAAUUUGUGAACUGAAAGGUACAACUAAACUGGGUUACACAGCUUUGGCACUGUGUGAUAAUGGUCCUUAUAUAGCCUGUGCCUCCUCUAUACCUGAUCACACCAUCACAUUGUGGAACUGUGAGAGUGGCGUUACACUUUGUAGCCAUCCAUUGAUGGGAGAGGACAUCACAGCUCUGGUUUUUAACCCUAUGAACUGGUGUCAAAUGUGUGCUGUAAACUCCAGGUUCCUCACCAUAUGGAAUGUUGAGCGAUGUGACAACUAUCAUUUGAUGAAGCCUAGUGUUGUUGAUCUCUCCGCCACUGAUGGUUCAGUAAUUGAGCAUGAAGUAAACCCCUCUCAUAUAUUCAGUGGGAAGCUGACAUACUUAGGUCCACAGAUGCCCACUUCAGCAAUCGCUGGACUGAGUGGCGACAGAGCUGACAACUUUGUGCCUUUGAAACAAAUAAAACCAAGACUGUGUCCAAGUGCCAUCUGCUGGUCAGCUUUCUCCGACUUGUAUGUUGGUACCAAGGAAGGCUUCUUACUUUGCUUGAAUACUGACAAUUUGCACAUCUCGGUCUUAUUCAAACCACAAACCUCAUAUGACAGUGACACUUCCCUGCAGGAGGGCAGUUUCCAGAACUUGGUACUGCAAGACAACAGCCUCUUUGCUGCAGGAAUUGAUGGUAUUUUACGAAACAUACAAGUCAAAGGAUGUAAUGUGGAGGUAAUGCAAUCUUGGACUUUGGACGAGGCAGUCUCGAGUAUAUGCUUUUCCCCUGACUGUGAGACACUGCUACUAACGUCUAGCACAGGACGUCUCUACAGAUUCAAAUCACUACUGAAGGAUAAAGUUGUUAAAUUCUUGGAUGUCCUCAGUGGAGAUUUUGUAGCUGUUGCUCCAUUAUACACUGAUAGAAACAUUUGUGUGUCAGUCAGAGAGGCAGGAGAGAUACAGCUGUGGACCCUGGAUGGUGGACUUUGCAUGGGCUCCAUCCCUCUACAAACAAAGUUGACCAGUGUGGCAUGCUGCCUCAUAGCGCAGUAUGUUGUUGUAGGGACAGUCACUGGAGAAAUCUUGUUUGUGGAGAUGACCACAAAGGAGAAGCCCAGAAUAGUGCACAGAGUUCAUCUCUACAAUGUUCCUGUAGAGCAUUUGUUGUUUGAUCAAGGUGGAAACUUCUUAAUAACUGGAGCAUCAGUCUCACAAAUGUUUGUACUGGAUGCAAGGCCAUCAAAAGGAUUUGAAAUGAUUGGAUGGAUUGAGGCUCCAGGUGCUAUUGUAAGCCUUUCCACUCAGUACCACAAAGUAAACAAUCAGGUUAAAGUGCUGGUACUGUGUUGCAGUCAGGCAGAAGGGAAGACAGAGAGAAAAACCAUUGGAGGAAAUGUGCUUCUGCUUUUGACAUUGUUUGUACAGCAACUCACAGACUCAAAAGGUUGUGUGGACGUUCGUGGCUGUCUGCAUAAAGAUGUCCUUCACAGCUGCCUAUAUAAGCUCCCUCACAGUCUCUGUUCAUCUGUCCUGGCCACAAACAAGAUAUUUGGUUACUGCCAGCAGAGAAAAGUCUUGCAGAGAUUUAAUAUUACUGAGAGUGGAGAAAAGUCCUCUAAUGCACAAGAAGCAGUCCAGCUGAUCCCAGAAGAGGAGGCAUUGGGCCAUUGUCUAAGCCCUGCAUUUCUACAGCUCUCUCCUCAUCAAAACUGGCUGGCAACUGUUGGCAGGGAUGGACUGCUGCGUAUCUGUGAGAUAUCUACAAUGGACAGGUAUGUACAGCUGCAAUGCCACUCAAGUUGGCAGGGUGGAGUUGGCUCUGUUUGCUUCUCUCCAGACAGUCAGACCCUCAUCACCACGGGCCUGAGGGACGGCUCUCUUGUCUGCAGCAGACUCAGGUUAAAGCUUUCUGGGGCUUCCAAGGCAAAUGCAGCUACCCAGUAUGGUCAGUCGAUUGCUGAUUCUUUUGAAUCCAUAGUGUCUUCUGAAAACACAGUCCUCACCAAAAUGACUGACUGGGAUCUACAGACACAUUCCCCAACUAGAUGUUCCUCAUUUCAUACAGGGGAGGUCAAUAUAAUGAUAAGUGAUGAAGCAGUACAAGAGGAAAACUACUCUGCAUCCCCAGCUAGUUCUACAUGGCUUGAUAGGAAACUUGAUGCAGUUCUCCAAAAAGAGACCCAGCAGUAUGCAGAGAUAAAGAAUACCCUUAGAGGAAACAUAAAGGUUAUGCGUGACACAAUCCAGGCUAUGAUGCAGGAGAAUGAGAGUCUGGCUGACAUGGAGAAACUUGAGCAACAGGAGUUUAACCUGGAUGUGGAAGAGCAAGAGAGGCAGCAGGUUGAGGGAGAACAGGAAGUUACAAGGGUGAGGAAGGAGAUAGAAAUGGAGAAUCUGGCUAAGUGCUAUCUGAGGGAGGUCCUGAAGAGAGAAUGCUGGGAUUCCAUGACAGUCAAAGGGAAAGCCAUAAAGGCCUUUCAUUCAGAAUAUGAGGUGAAGAACUACCCCAUGAAGGAACGCACUGAAAAGGAACUUGAAGAGCUUUGCAGGAUUGAGACCAUGAGACAGAUUGAACAGGCAGAUUUACAACUCCAAAAAGUGAUUCUUGAGAGCACAGUCUCUGGAGAGGAGGAAGAGGAGGAGGCAGAGGACAGUAAGACAGAGACUCCUGCUCUGACAGGCAGCCUGAGUGCUCUUUAUGGAGGGGUCAACCCUCAUCUCUACAGCCAGUUCAAUUUACACAUCAGAGAGCAGAAAAUCAACCAAAUCACCUUGCUAAAGGAUGUUAUCUACAAGGUGAAGACCACAUUCAACAAAGAAUUUGAGGCUUUGUACAAGCAGAAGGAUCAGGAAAUCAACCGUGUUAGGGAGAAGAACAAACGUAUCUCUGAGAUUAUGGCAGAGCUGGACCUAAGUGAGACUCUGUGGGAGCCCAGCCUCACUGAUAAUGAGUGUCCUGAGAGAGUUCUCAUUGUGACUGACUCAGAGAUCAAGAUAAAGAAAUAUAUCACCCCUGAGCAGAAACAAAAAGAUGAAAAGCUACAAGAGGAAGAAGAACGGCAAAGGCUUGCAGCUACGUCUGACAACAUGAGAGAUGAAGCGCUUAAUGUGAUGAUGGGUGGAGUACUGGAGCUCAAAAAAGAGGAUGUCCUGAAGAUGGAGGUACCUCAACCUGAGUUCUUGACUAUACCUGAGGUGCAGUGGACAGAAGAAGAGAGAAAAAGCUUUAAAGAGUAUGAGAAAAAUGUGAAGGAGCUCAGUGAGGUGCAAGGGAAACACAGAAAGACAAUGGAAGCAGAAAUGAAGAAACUGCUGGCAUCUAUUAAAGAAGCUACCCAGACCUUUGAUGAAAGACUCUCAAAGCUGUUUGAAAGGAAGGUGAAAACAGAGAUGGUCAUAUACCAAGAGGAGUUAAAGAUUGCAAAUCUGGUUCACUCCAUUCAAACCGAAGAGGAUAUUCUCAGCAGAGAGAAACAGUUGAGCAUUAAACUUGAAAAGGCACGAAUUGUAAAGAAUGUAAUUGGGGAAGAAUUGAAAAAACACAAGGAGAUUGUUGAUGAGUUCAGAGAGGAGUAUGAUAACAUAGUCGCUGAGGACAAACUUCUUGACAAAGGAUUUCGCAAAGAGUUUUAUGAUGUUCCUGGGCACAUUGUUGACCAGCUCUAUAAGCUUUACAAACGCAGACCAAGGGUCCAGAAGAUGAAAACACAGACAGAAAAUAACCUUUAUAAAGAAGGUGGUGUGUUUGGAACAGCAGCAUCAGAGGGGCUCUCUCUAAUGAUGAAGGCAAUGGAAGAACUGGAUUCUCUAGAGAACAUGCCACAAGGAUUAGAUCUAGCUGUGUGGGAAAGGUUUUGCUUGGCCAGGCAGGCCAAAGUGGAAAGUGAACAUCAGGUCAAACUAAAGGCACUAAACCUGGCAGAGAUUCAGGCUUUUCUGCAGAGGAGAAUAGAUGAGGAUGAGAAAGCUCAUCUUGAAAUAAGAAAUCUUAUUGAUGAUCUUAAUGGCCUCUGCGAAGAGAAGAUGAGAUUCCGAUUGGACAGUAUGGUACAGAUUGUUCUACAGCAAGGUCAGGUGGAAGUGGAAGCUAGAGACUUCAUUGCUGACUACACUGAUGCACUGCUUAUCCAUCGCAAUGUAGUUGAGGAACUAAACAGCGCCAUCAGGGCUUUAGGAGAUCAGAAAAUCACCAGCAUGGUGGAGUGUAAAGACUUUCGCAAAGGUAUCAUACAGCAGGAAUGGGAGCACAAGAAAAUGAGAAUGCAGCUGGAGGAUCUCAGCAACAAAGCCAGAGAUAUACAGACACUGCGUGUCUCGCAGGACAUUCAAGAGUACCUGAAUGAAACGCAUAGUCACAACAGGAUAUCUAAACAGCUCACAGCAUUGGAGAAGACCAGUGAAUUGCAGCAAAUGACUCAUCAAAAGAAAAUUGAAACUUUUAAGAAACAGAUAAAGCACCUGGACAAACAGGACGCACAAAUGCAGGAAAAGAGCACAGCCCUGGACUUGCGUGUGGCUGACAUGGAGAUAACCGUCGCAGAGAGGAGAAAUAUUUGCGAGGCUGUUGCAAUGGGAGAUAACCAGGAGAGAGAGGCAGAAAAGCACUACAAAGAUAUCAUCCGGAGAAAGAGGCUGUUGAACAUAGCCAGAACCCAAUCUCAAGAAAUAAUCAUGCUAAGAGCUGAAGUGGAGAAAUUGCGUAUGAAGAACUUCCCAGCGCUUUCUCAAUUACAUUAUAACUAAUACAUUACAGCUUUUGAAAGUUUAAA